GUUAUCAUAACAUAUUAAAAAUCCUCAAAGGUACAAGUCAACGUCAACGACCAUUAAGAGGUACACAUAUCUCCUCCCCGCAUAUAAAGCAAACCUUAAUCCUACCUCCUAUGCAAUGUACUACACGCUACACCAGAAAAGAAGAAACAUAUUGGCAAUAAAAAAAAAAAACAUUUCGAUGAACAACAACGCUAGAGAAGACCAGUGGUUACAACACUGUGAACAACAACACCAAAUUCAAGAGUUUAACGCCAUUAACAUGGCUUCAUCAUCGGGAUAUUCCCUUGGAGAGGGUGGUGCAGCGUCACAUGAAGUUUCCCGAAGGAGAUCUAGGGCUUCGAGGAGAGCCAUACCAACCACUCUCCUAAACGCAAACCCUAGCAAUUUCCGAGCCCUAGUUCAGAAAUUUACGGGACGUUCUGCGGGAAGUGAAUCCAACCGAAGAAAAGGUCCCGUUACUCUAGAUUUUGGAUCUCCGACUACAAUCUCUAAAGAAGCUAUCUUUCCGGUCUCCGACGAUCGGAGUAAGUACGACCAUGAUCAUAUGCUUAACCAGCACGUGAGUAACGAGCAGCGUCACGUGACUUGGUCAGGUACAGAAUCAACGAUGUCAUAUCACCUAGGCGAGGAAACUAACUCGACGGCAGUUCAUGGCAGCGGGUACAAUGACCAAGAUCAAGAUCAUGAACAUGAUCUUGAUCUUCUGAGGGAAUAUUCCGGGAAUAGUAGUUACGAUGAUAGUUUGGACCACAUGAAUUAUUAUCAGGACUUCCACCGUGAGACGGCAACGUUGGAGGAGUUUAUGAUGAGAGAUCUUGAUUUAUAAUAUAACUUGUUCUUUUAGUCAUUAGAUAUUAUGAAAGAUGAGCAUUAAUUUCUAAUAAUAUUUGUUGAAUAAAAAUAAUAUAUGUUCUUUAGCAAAUAGAAUAAAAUAAUAUAUGCUCCAAUAGAUAAUGUAAAUUUUGUACGUAUCACUUGACUCAACCAUAAGGUUGAAAACU